CACCCUUGGAAUUUUUCCCUUCUCCCCACCGGUCUCCAUUUCUUCCCCCCGUCUUCUUCCCCUACGCCGCCUCGCCUGCGUUCCCCCAUUCCGUCGACCCCCUCCUUCGUCCGCGGACACGCCUCGCGCAGCCCUAGCCGAGGGCGCCGAUCUCCCAUCCCGCGAGCACCGGCGCCGUCGUCCCUGCUGCUGCUGCUGCCGCCGCCGAAAGUCUGGGGGGUUCGAGAACUGGACCCCCGAUGUCCCCGGGCCGUUUCUUGCGGCUGCUGAAGAGAGGGUGUAUUUGGUUCUUGAUUUCUAGUUAGGGAGGAGGAGGAAGUCUGCAUUUUUUUUUGUUUACUUUCAUGGAGUAUAAGGAAGUGCAUGACCGGGAUGUGUUGGUUGAUCUGGAGAAAGGGAAUUGCUUGCUGAUGAGAGAGGACAAGAAUGGGAGUGAUGUGGAUGUGAUACACAGCCAGGCGAAAAGUUCGCUAACCGGUUCAUGGAAUGAUCUUGUAGCUGUCAAGGAUGAUCAUCACAUGCCUUCCUGCUCUUCACACUCUCAAGAUUUCGCUGCUACAAGCGGAGAAGAUAGGACGUCUGACGGUGAGAUGAAGGUUGGACUUUUGGAUAAGUCGAAGGGCGAUAAGGAGAAGAAGAAGCGGUCGAAGAAGCCACCGCGACCCCCAAGGCCACCUUCUGCUUCACCAUUAGACGCCGCUGACCAGAAGCUCAUUAGUGAAUUGUCUGAGCUUGCAAUGUUAAAAAGGGCAAGGGUUGAACGGAUGAAGGCUUUGAAGAAGAUGAAGAAUUCCAAACCAGCAUCCUCAAUUGGCAACCUGGUAGCUUUGAUUAUUACCGUUAUCUUCUGCCUCGUCAUACUUUGGCAAGGGGUUUUCUCAAGGCAUUGGGCAAGCAUUAGCUUUCAUGGAUCUCCUAUAUCAUCAGGCCGAUCACAUGCCAGCCUGAUCUCCAUCCAGUUCUACAAGAAGAAUGAGACGACCACCAGCCCUCAGAGUUUUCCUGCAGCUCCAAACACAGGAAUACCAACGAGAUUGGAGAUCCAUGGUGAAGCUAGGAGGGUUACAGAAUGAAUACCGUAGUUGCUGUCACUGCCUUGUUUUCUCGGUGUCAUCCUACUGUAAAUUAUCUUGAGUUGUGGUCUUGGUCUUUUAGCACUCCAUAGAUUCCAAACUGGAUUGACUAGUAGACUAAUGGACAUCACUGCCAUCUGAGUCAGCUUCUGUUGUGACAAUACUAAUUAAUCAGACUGAUAUAGUGAUAUUCAUUUUGUUUAUUCUUUCUUAACUGUGUGGAGAGAUGGAAAAUCCCAGCCAACAGUUACAGAGUACAGGGUCAAUGUAUUUAUCAUAAAAAAUUGUAGGAUUCAUCUAUCAAGGUUUACAGGGUGAAGUGGCCAAUUUGAACGUUGCUGGUUCUUGCUGCUCAAAUUUAUGAAUUUUACCCAGUUUCUUGAAUGGUUGGAAUCUGG